AUGGGCAUUUUUCUGCAACAACUCUGGAGCAUCAUUAUCUUCAUCAUCAUCAUCAUCAUCAUCAUCAUCAUCAUUAUGAUGGACUUCAACAACACUGAGUCCUGGCUUCUUGUCAAUACUUCAUUUCCCAUCGUGCCUGUAAUAGCCAGUCCCAGUAACAGCAGCGGCAUGGAAGCAUAUCUUCAAAGACUGGCUCACUUAAACGAGGGGCUCUACAAUGACUUUUACGGCCUUUGGAUUGCACUGAUGGUCAUAAACUCUCUCAUAUUCCUGGUGGGCAUGGUGCUCAACAUAGUCGCGCUUUAUGUCUUCUGUUUCCGCACCAAGCAUAAGAGCACCUCUGUGAUCUACACCAUCAACUUGGCGGUGACGGACCUCUUGGUGAAUCUCUCUCUGCCGACUCGCAUCCUGCUGUACUACAGCGGGGGAGCUUGUCUCACCUGCUCCUACCUGCACAUCUUCAGCUACUUUGUCAACAUGUACUGCAGCAUCUUGUUUCUCACCUGCAUAUGUGUGGACCGCUACCUCGCCAUCGUGCAGGUUGAAGCUUCCCAUCGGUGGAGGAACCACAGUGUGGCCAAAUGUGUGUGUGUCUCUGUGUGGCUGCUUGCCAUCGUGGUCACCUACUCCUUCCUGUCCACUGCUUUCCAGAACCCUGGCUGCUGUCUCUCAAAGCUCCUCAUUCUCACCAUCAUUGAGUUCUUUCUACCCCUCAUCAUCAUCAUGGUCUUCACGUUGAGAAUUAUGUGGGCACUAGCCGACCGCCGCCUGAUGCAGCAGAGCAGGGAGAGGAGAAGGAAGGCUGUCCAGCUGCUGACCACAGUGCUGAUCAUAUUCACUGUCUGCUUCACACCUUUCCACAUCAGACAGGUGGUGGUGUACUUCCACCCUGACAUGCCUCACCAUGUGAUAGCCUACCACUUGACUGUCACUCUCAGCAGUUUGAAUAGCUGUAUGGAUCCUAUUGUCUACUGCUUUGUUACAAAUAAUUUCCAGGCCACCAUGAGAAAUAUUUUCCGCCGUGCAGAGCCCGAGCCGACAAGUGGCGACAUCAUCAGCAUGCAGCACAGCUCCGAGGCCUCAGGGGGGACGGCGAAGGCCGUCACUAAUAAUACGAUCAUUAUGACCAAGAUCCCUACUUCACUGCAGAGAGACAAUCUGGGGAAGAAACAAACACUUUAA